GCGCGGAUGUCGCUUGACUCUCCACUGUUGUUUAUUGAGCAACAUAAUCUAACAGCUGCUCACUCUGAGCGACAUCUGGGCCUUUUCCACGACUCUCUCACAGACGCAUCCCCGCUUUUGUGUGACAUAUUCCGGCGUGGACUCGCGCCGCCUCUGCCUGGUUCUUCCUCGGCCGGAGCUCAUCGGGAUCAUGGACCCAGCGAGCCGAUACCAAAUGCUUCACAAUGAGGACGACUCUUCAGAGACGUCCUCCAUCGAGCAGCAGCAGCAGCAGGAGCAGCAGGAGCAGGCUGCAACUACCAGCCACGACCAGGGCGACACCCACAUGAGCAUGGCCGCCACCGCCUCCUCCUCUUCAUCAUCAUCAUCAUCAUCAGGUGAAGCAUCAGGGUGGACGAGCCGUGGUGAUGCAGAUGCUCCUCCUCCAUACGCGUUCAUCGACCUGGGAGCAACGGCUGCUGCUGACACCAGUGUGGGCGGAGCCUUCCCUGUGCCUCCGCCCUACAGCGUGGCCACGUCUCUGCCCACAUAUGAUGAAGCAGAGAAAGCUAAAGCCACCGCCAUGGCUGCCUCCAGUGUGGAAGUGAUGCCCAGGGAUGAUGAAUUCACGCCCAGAGAUGAUUUCAGUGAUGCUGAUCAGCUGCGAGUUGGAAACGAUGGAAUCUUCAUGCUGGCAUUUUUCAUGGCCUUCUUGUUCAACUGGAUCGGGUUCUGCUUGUCCUUCUGUUUGACCAACACCAUCGCGGGACGCUACGGCGCCAUCUGUGGCUUCGGCCUCUCGCUCAUCAAGUGGAUCCUCAUCGUCAGGUUCUCCGAUUACUUCACCGGUUACUUCAACGGUCAGUACUGGCUGUGGUGGAUCUUCCUGCUGCUCGGUCUGCUGCUCUUCUUCAGAGGGUUUGUUAAUUAUCUAAAGGUCCGCAACAUGUCGGAGAACAUGGCCACGUCUCAGAGGACACGCCUCUUCUUCCUCUACUAAAGGUACACAAAGGUUUCCACAUCUUCAUCAUUGUCAUCAUCGUCAUUCCACUCCAGUGUGAACUUCCUUCCUGAAGAGAAGAGAAGAGAAGAGAAGAGAAAAAACAAACUGUGGUUUAACAUUUUCCGUCCCUUCCUCAUUCUCCUUUGAUUCAAAUCUUAAAUCACAAACACUAUUGGGAAAAGAAAACUUGCCAAACACUGGGAUGGGACCCACAGAUGGGUCACGGGAGAAUUUGUCGGGGUCCCAAACGUCGGUCACGCAUCUAAAUAUAUUUAUACUGUAAAUAAACACGAAACCACAAAAACUUUUUCAUCAAAGAAAGAAAUCGGACGCCUAACCUUCCGGAGCAUUUAUCACCACAAGGUGGCAGCACCACCAGAGCUUUUUACAUUUAACAACUAUACUUUGAAAGUUUCCAACUUUGUCUUUGAAUGCAUCGUCGUUUUAUUUUGAAGAAUUCAAAGACGUGUAAAUCCACACUCAGCUGUAAUCUCCACUGUAAUCUCAGCUCACUAACAGUUGGAUUAAGCUCCAAAAACCUGCGAUAAAACGACACUAAACGCACGUGUGUCGAUGUCGGUGCCGCCGUGCGACGUUUACUCGCUUUGAAUCAAAGGAAAAUUAAAAAAGAACUACAAAUAUAAUCUGUGUGGGACGGACGUUUGUCCACAGAUUAACUGAGUGGACAUCACACACGCGCACACACACGCAAUCUAAGUUGUUUGUGAUGACACGUACGUGAUGAUAAUUAUUUUUUACGUAGAUGUCGUGGAGCAUGGAUGAUGUCAUUGACACCCCCCCCCCUUGAAGGUUUUUGAAAAACGGCGUCCAAUCACAGGAGACGCAUUCUGACGAGGGCGUGUCAAGGGCGUCGCACAUCCUGUUCCAACGAGCGUGAACUGUGCAGAAAAAACACUUGCCAACAACAUGAUGAGCUCAACGGUGACAGCUGGUGGUUGUAGGAGGUACUGACGCAGAGUAUACACUCACUCAUUCUCCCACACCAAACUUCAUGGAGAAAAUCAGUGAUUUUAACAUCACACACACACACACACACAUCACUAAAUUCAAAUGUCUGAUUUUGUCUUAAAGGAGACAUAUUAUACUCUAUUUCCCCAAGUUAAACUCGUUCCCUGGUGUCCUAAUGAACAUGUCAGUCACAUGCUUUGGUCAAAAUACCAUAAGGAUGAAGCACCAUAGCAGUUCAAUAACCCUGCUAAACCCGCCCCUUUCAGAACGCUCGGUUUUGUGCCUGGUCCCUUUUAUAUGCAAAUGAGACACAGGUAAACACACGCCCACUUCUUCCAGGGGGUUUCUGAUUUGUCCUCUUUACUGCGCUCACUCGCUCAGCUCCUGUCCCCUCCCCUCAUUCCUCUCCCCCUCCCUCCACUAGUUCUCUGACAAUAUCAACAUGGCAGCGAGAGUGUCGUCACAGGAAGAGACCAAGCUGAACGCUGACCAACUGUAAAUCAGUUACAAACACUUAGGGACGCUGACCGCUGUAUGUGACUGUAUCAGACUGAGUCUGUGCUCCGGUCAUGGAGGACGUACUGAACACAUAUGUUUCAUUAGGACGUGUCAGAAUGCUCAGUUAUGACCUCUAUGUGACCUUUUCUUAAACAUGUGUGUGUUUGUACGUCGCUGACUAAAUACGGCGACCGCUGGCCGCAGUCUGAUGUGAAGUGGUGCCAACACACAAACACACAAACACACAAACACACAAACACACAAACACACAAACACACGUUUGCUGACUUUAUCCAGCACAUUAGCUUCAUAUAUCAAAUCCUCUGAGGCUGGAAGUUUGUGUAAAACACUGUGCUCCACUGUGCAGCCACCAACAGCACACUUGUCCCCCGCGUUGACAUAACACCGCUCUUCCUCCCUCGUCUGCACUCUGGCAUUUUAUAGGGACAACAUGACUGAGUAUUGUUUUUCCACACUUUGGUGACUGGUAGGGCCUCCAGAGUCCCAAAUAUAAGUAUUACAAUGAUUACAUAAUAUGUCCCCUUUAAAUCCUGUGUUCAGAUUUAAAUCAGUGACACAAAAUGACCACAUGAGGGCAGCAGAGGAGCAGCAGCUCCUGAGCUGAAAUCAGUGAUUUUCUCUGUGAGCUUUGGUUUGACUUGAAAAUGCAAUAAUUCUUAUUAUAAUAAAAGCAUGUGGUUGAUGGUUUCAAGACAUGUUGAAGAUUUCCCGCUCUUUUCCUUGCGUUAAACUUGUCGAUGAUGUGAUGAUGAUUAUUUUCAUGUGUUCAUACGUGCAUGCGUUUGCCAGCUUAAGCCAACCCAUAAUAUUUAAUAUUUGCACUUUGAGAGAAAGUCGUGUACAGAAGGAUUUGUGACGGUUAGACAAAUAAAAAAGUAAUAAUCUUAGCAUCCAACUAGAAGUCUUAAUGAUCCGGAAUGAAGAAUUAGCCUUUUUAUUUUUUCACGUGUGUAAUAAUGAACUUGUUUUAAUGGCUUUUAACCUGGAGUUUUGCCAAAAAUACAAAACAAACCUGGUUUUUAAAGCUUCUUUUUCAUUGUUUUGCUCUCAUCUGCUGCUGCUGCUGCUGCUGCUGAUGAAAGCAUGAUGAUGAGUGGGUUAAUGUCAGGACAAAUUCAUGUGUAAAUAAUGGAGAGCAGAAUAACAAUGAUCAUGAUGUUGUCGUCUUAAUAAAAGAAUCUGAAGAUUUCUUUGUAAACUGGAAACUAACGAGCGACAAAACGCCAAUAAAACAUCUGCCUUUUAA